AUGGCUUACACUCAAUAUGGAGGCGGCUACGAUGAUAAUCAAUACGGUUAUGAUGAGCAACAGCGAGCUCCACCGUCGCAAUAUAAUAUUAGACCAAUGGUUGACCCUGAAGCUGAAGGAGAAGUCGACCCUGAACAAUAUCCGCAGGCAAAAGAAUCAACACACAAAAUUCGUGGUCGAUAUGAUUUUAUUGAAAUGCUGUGUGGUUCAGUGGAUCAAGAAUUGCUAACUGUGAAGACAUUUUACUUCUUCUUCUAUUCAGCUUUUGGAUCACUUUUCCCUCUUAUGGGAGUUUAUUUCAAACAAAUGGGAAUGAAUCCAUUUCAAUGUGGAUUGCUUGUUGGUUCACGUCCAUUUGUUGAGUUUCUAUCAGCUCCGUUUUGGGGAAGUUAUGCUGACAAGUCAAAGAAAGGAAAAUUCUUGUUGCUUGCAUCACUCUCAGCAUGGAUUCUUUUCACUUUGCCUCUAGGAUUCAUUCAACCACCAGCAACAUCGUGCAUUCUACGAGUAAACGAAUCUUACUACGAGUUGAAAACACCUGAAGUUCCAAGAAUUCUAAAGCGUAGUGUUGACAAUUUACAGCCAUUGAUUGAAGGUCAAGAUAUGAAGACAACCGAUCGAGUUCGCCGAGGAGUUCGUCCAAUUACUGAAGCUGGAAUUUCACCCUUGAGCAUUAGUUAUGUUAAUAAUUUCAAUGAGAAAUUGCAAAAAGAUUGGGUUUCGCCGCUUUUCUCAUCAAUUGUCUAUCGAACUGACGAUAUCCAUAAAGCUUUCUUCCUGCUUAUGCUUUUGGUCAUCAUUGGAGAGUUUUUCAGUGCACCUGCAAUUACACUUGCUGACUCUGCAGUUAUUACUUUACUUGGUGAAGAUGCUGAUCGUUACGGUCAUCAGAGAAUGUUUGGAUCAUUAGGUUGGGGCGUUGCAAUGUUUUUCGUUGGCAUUGCUUUGGAUCAUUCAACAGCAUUUCCAGAUCAUCCUUGUGGGCCAGACAAACAAGAAAAGAAUUAUACAAUUUGUUUUGCAACAUUUGCUGUCUCCAUGACUGCUGCGCUUAUUGCUGCUACUCAGAUAAAUUUCAAGUAUCCCGAUCAACCUGAAGAACUUGAAUUUGAAGCUAAGACUAAUGAACCAGUCAUGACAAAGGAAGAUGAAAUGCAAAAUCAACUCGCUGCUCAACUUGGAAUUCCAUCAUUGGCUGGAGGUGCUGGUGCUGCUUCUAUUCCAGCUACAAAGCCACCACCACCUUCCCUAGGCGCUCAGACAAAAAUGUUUGCUCAACGUCUGACUACAGAAACACCAGAAUGGCUUUUAGUCUUUUCUCAGUUCAGCAAAGAUUUGAAGUGCUUGUCAUUCUUGUUCGUAGCUUGGUUCCUUGGAUUUGGCAUUGGUCUUAUCUUCACUUUCUUGUUCUGGCAUCUUCAAGAUUACGGUGGCUCUCCAACUCUCUUCGGUGUUGCUUCUGUCAUCAAUCAUUUGAGUGAAAUCUUUGCUUACUUCUUCAGUUUCCGAUUAAUCACACAAAUUGGUCAUGUUAAGGUUCUCUGCUUGGGUCUUGCUGGAAAUGUUGUGAGAUUUCUUUACAUUUCCUAUCUUCAUAAUCCUUGGUGGGUUCUUCCAUUUGAACUGAUGCAAGGAAUAACUCACGCUGCAUGUUGGGCAGCAAUGGCAAGUUACAUAGCUCACAAUACACCAGCACAUUUGAAAACAUCGGCACAAGGUGUUUUGCAAGGACUUCAUCAUGGUUUAGGACGAGGUUGUGGAGCUGUCAUUGGAGGUCUUUUCGUGACUUAUUUCGGAUCUAAAACAACAUUCAGAGGCUAUGGCGUUAUGUGUAUUUUUGUUCUUGCCGCAUUUGUGUUCAUAAACUUUUACCGAGAUCAGGGAUUCGUUUCUGAUAUUCCAACAACUGAAGAUCCUCAUCAGGUUGCUGAAGAAACAAGCCACUUAGCGCCUCAUGGUGUGCCGUCUAAUCCGAUACCACGUGCUCUUUCUAGUUCCCGCUUGAAUGAAGUUGGAGCGAAUCCAAAUGACAGUUAUGGAACAUAUUCAACUGUUGGUGGAAAUCUUGGCGUUCCAGGCAGUAAUCCAUUUGGAGCUCAACAGCAACAACAGCAACAGCCAUUACAACUACAACAAAACAAUGGAUAUGGUGCUAACUACUAAGUGGCAUCAUAAAUUAAACUUAUCAAAACACUUGCAACAAGUAUUGAAAUUAACUUAAAAACAUGAAAAUUUGAGAGCAUGGAUCGAUUUUCUCUUAUUUAAGUGUCUAAAUCAACCAAUCUACGCUUAAUUGAGUUCAGUUAAGUUUAUAUGUAUUUACUAUUUAAUACUUAUCACCGAAUUCAAGCAAUUUAAGUUUAAAAUAUUUCUAUAUAAUCACUUAAGUAGAUUUCAUUUCCACUUGCGUCAAAAUUUGUGAUAUUUUCACUAAAUAAUCCUUUUAAAUGAAAAGUGAUCGCAAAUGAUUAUAAGUAGAGGAAAUGAAAAAAAAACUUUUAUUAUUAUAGUUGAAAUUGUUAGAUUAAAACUUUUAAAGCUUAUUGGCACAAUCUUAUCAAAAACUUAAUAGAAAUUUUGGGAAAACUUCUUAUCAAAAUUUGUGCGAUGACAAACAUUUCUUCUGAAGCAAUAAGAUUUUU